UGGCUGGCACCAUUAUCAAUUCCUUCUGUCAGCAUGCCUGCAAAAAAUAGCUGACGUCAUAGUCAUUACUGGCUCUAUAAAAGCCAGGGUAAUGCAGAUUCACAAUGCAGUCAACCCAGCCACAUUCCUAGACUUAGAGCAGCCCGUCGCUCAAGUCAUGACGUCCACCGGCUUUGACCCUUACUUCCCUUCUACUUACAAGAGGAGAGUGGUUGUGCGCAAUGCAGGAUAUGGAUCUGGUGGAGGAAUAGGAUCCAGGUCUGCCUACUUCAGCCACUCUGCCCCAAUAACUUCCUAUGCAUCCUCACGCAGAAGUUAUCCAACACACACCAAAGCUAUCUCCGGCUACUCCUCCGUGCUCUCUGCUCCAGUGUCUGCGGCCGCCACUGAGCUACGCCUUGACCAAGCAGCCCAGGUCAGCGCCGAGUUCAAAGCAAUAAGGACCCAUGAGAAGGCUGAGCUGCAGGACCUGAAUGACCGCUUUGCCAGCUUCAUUGACAGGGUCCAUGAGCUGGAGCAGCAGAACAAGUUACUGGAGACUGAACUCCUGCUGCUCAGGCAGAGGCAGGUGCAGCCGUCCAACAUCCGGGCCCUGUAUGAGCACGAGAUCCGCCAGCUGCGUGCCGCCGUUGAAAAUGCCCGCCAUGAGAAGCAAGCCGCCCAGGACCACAGGGAUGAGAUGGAAGACGUGCUGAGGAACAUGCAGAAGCGUUAUGAAGAGGAAGUGGUCGGCAGAGAGGAAGCAGAGGGAAGGCUUAUGGAGGCCAGGAAGGAAGCAGACGAGGCCGCACUGGGCCGGGCUGAGCUAGACAAAAGGGUUGGGACCCUGCUGGACGAGCUGGCCUUCCUGAAGCGCCUCUGUGAGAGCGAGAUUGUUGAGCUGCAGGCCCAAAUUCAGUUCAGCUCAGAGGUGUCAGUGGAGAUGGAGGUCGCCAAACCUGACCUGUCCGCUGCUCUCCGAGACAUCCGAGCCCAGUAUGAGAAGCUGGCGCAACACAACCUUCAAUCAGCCGAAGAAUGGUUCUGCAGCAAGAUGAAUGUGAUGACAGUGGGCUCUGCACGCAACACGGAGAGCGCCCGUAAUGCCAAGGAUGAGGUUGGAGAGUACCGCCGGCUCCUCAGUUCCAGGAUGCUGGAGAUCGACGCCUGCCGUGAGAUGAAUCAAGCUCUGGAAAACCAGCUGCAGGACGUGGAGGAGAAACAGAGUGCUGAGAUUUCUGCACUGCAGGACACAAUAGGUCAACUGGAGGAUGAGUUGAGGGCAAACAAGAACGACAUGGCUCGCUACCUGAAAGAUUAUCAGGACCUCUUGAACGUGAAGAUGGCCUUGGAUAUUGAAAUUGCAGCCUACAGGAAACUCCUUGAGGGAGAGGAGAGCCGUUUAAAUGUGGCGGAAAUGGCGUCUGCCAACGUUUACUCCCAGGCCAUGUAUGCCUCUCCAUUCUACGGAAGAACACAGUUCUCUGUGCAGUCUCAGCUGAGCUCUGCAGCUCCAUACCUGCUGAGCUCCCGCUUCUAUACUUCAUCACUCCCCACCGAGGAGACAAUAUCCGCAAGCCAAGCACAGCAGGCGGAGGCCAGCCCCCCUAAGGAGGAGGAGGAAGAGCAGGUUGAAGAGGAAGAGCAGGUUGAAGAGGAAGAGAAGGAGGAAGAGGAAGUGGAGGAGCAGGGAGAGGAGAAAGAAGAGGAUGAAGAGGAAGAGAAGGAGGAAGAGGNAAAUGAAGAGGGCGAGGCAGAGGAUGGAGAGAAGGAAGAUGAGGAGGAAGGAGAAGAGGAGAGCCCGGCUCAGGAAGAGGAGGGCGCCGAGCAGAAGGAGGAAGAGGGUGAUGACGAGGGUGAGAAGGGGGAGGAAGAAACUGAAAAACAAGAGGAGGAGUCUGAAGAGAAAGAUGAAAAAACAACCGAUAAAAAAGCUUAAAUUCAAACGCUUAAAAAAAACGCCUGCUAGCAUUGUAGCUGAAGGAUGUCUUCUCUGGUGCUCUAUAAGUACAGAGAUUAUUCUCUCAUUCCUCUCGAAAGCAGAAGACAACAUGCGGGUGAACAAAUUCUCUGUAUGAUCAAGCGGAGCGGCUCACAGCAUGUACGCACACUCCAAAGAUACUAAAACACUGUAAAAGCUAAUCAGUAAGUCAUCGAUGACUGUAUGAAAGAGAAAUUCUGCUUUGUGGAGAUUUGUUUGCAAACACCUGUGUGCUUUAUGUCACCAAAACAUGCCUGAACACUAUGUAUGUGCAAUACCAGUUUGAAAUGCCUUACUUCAAGUCCUCACUGAGUGCUUUAAGUCCAUGAUGUGCUGCAUUGAACUCCAAUAAAGCCUU